AUGACACCAAAAGUCCUCGUCGUCCUAACCUCCCACGACAAAAUCGACGCCACAGGCAAGCCAACCGGCUGGUAUCUACCCGAAUUCGCCCACCCCCAUGAAGUCUUGCACAAACAGGUCUCCCUAACAAUCGCCUCCCCAAAAGGAGGCGAAGCACCCCUUGACCCGUCAUCAGUCAAGAUGUCCGAGUCAGACCCUGUCGCGCAGAAAUUCCUAAAAGAACAAAAAGCCCUCUGGAGCAAUACGCACAAGUUGGCGGAUAUGCUUCCGCGCGCUGGAGAGUUCGAUGCGAUUUUCUAUGUUGGUGGACAUGGACCAAUGUUCGACCUAACAACCGACCCGAUCUCACUCGCUCUGAUCCAGACUUUCGCGGCAGCUAACAAACCCGUCGCGGCUGUUUGCCACGCUCCAUGUGUUCUACUGAAUGCAACUGCGCCGUCGGGUGUACCGCUUAUCUCUGGUGUUAGCGUGACUGGGUUCUCGAAUGCAGAGGAAGAUGCCGUGGGACUAUCUUCCGCGAUGCCGUUUAUGCUUGAGACGGAGCUUGGUAGGGUUACGGGUGGGAAGUAUGUUAAGGCAGCUGAGGCAUGGGGGGAGAUGGUUGUUGUUGGGAAGGCAGCUGGGACAGGGUCUACUAUUAUUACAGGACAGAAUCCUGGGUCUGCGAGUGGAGUUGGGAAGGCGAUUUUGAAGGCUUUGGGGUUGUAA